UCUUAGGAGAGGGUUUAUGCCCAAUAAGCAAACUUUUAGCAGUUUGACGACAAAUUAGUAGCAGAUUUCAGUAGGAUGGACAGAUCUAUAGUCAUCUGUGUCCACAAUCUACUGUUGUUCUGUCGACAGUGCCUGCUGACAGACUCUGAUAGUAAAAUGGUGGUAAAAAGUCCUAUUUCGUUGAAAAAUAUUUCUUUAAUGGCACCCAAAUAAGUGGACGCCCAAAUGAGAUGACGACUCCAGAAAUGAUAUAAAAAAUCAACAAAUCGUUAUGAAUAACCGUUGAUUGAAACUACGUGAGAUAGCAGAAAUAGUGGGCAUCUCUUCUGAACGUGUGCAUAAUAUCUUACACGGACAUUUGGACACGAAGAAAUUGUGCUCGCCAUGGGUGCCAUGAUUGUUCAUAUUGGACCAUAAACAAUAUUGAAUGGAUCUUUCAGCCAAGUGUUUGCAACGUUUCAAGUGCAAUUCAAAAAAAUCUUUUGUGCCGACUCAUAACAGUUGAUGAAAUUUGAGUUCACGAUUACAUAUCUGAAAAUCAAGGAGCAACUGAAGCAAAUACAUCGAGUCACCGUCGCCAAAGAAAACAAAGUCGAUUUCAACAGCUGGCAAGAAGAAUAACAUAACGUAUUUUCUGACGUCCGUUUGUGUAUUCAAGAUAAAAGAUGGUUGUCGUCGUCUUUCGUUAUAUAUCAGCACUAACAUUGAUAAUCGGAGGCGAUAUGAAAAGCAGCGAUCAGUCUCCUUCUGGCAGCCUGAAGCGUAACUGUUUUUGUGUGAUUUUCUCUCUCUGAGUUCAGUAGUGGAGUUCACAAUGAAUAAGGAUUCAGAUAACAUGAAGCAGAACCCCAAGGAAACUGCGAAUAUCUUCAGUCAGAUCUUUAUCUGGUGGCCGAAGGAAUUAUUAAUAAAAGGCAUGAAGAAGGAUUUGGAGGAAUCGGAUAUUUACCGGCCUCUAAAGAUAGACCGCUCUGCAAAAGCGACAGACCUUCUGGAAAAACACUGGAAUCGCGAGAAGCAGAACGAUCGACCGAGAUUGUACAAAGCGAUCUGUCGCGCCUUUUGGCUAUCAUACAUUACUGUUGGAAUCUACAUGGCCAUCCAGGCUUUUGUGCUGCGUGUGAUGCAGCCGAUUCUACAGGGUUGGAUAAUCAAAUAUUUCCACAGCAAACCAAACGAACCGAAUAGAGUCACCAAGAACGAUGCAUUGAUUUACAGCGCCUGUCUUAUUAUAAACUUGAUCAUCUCCGUCAUUAUGAUGAAUAAUUCAAAUAUGAUAUCGCUACAAGUCGGAAUGAGAAUACGCAUCGCUUGCAGUUCACUGAUCUACAGAAAACUGCUACGGCUGAAUAGAACGUCCCUGAACCAAACCAGCACUGGACAAAUCGUAAAUCUUCUUAGCAAUGACGUUCUUCGCUUCGAUCAGGUGGCGCAAUUCCUGCACUACGUAUGGAUCAUGCCUAUUCAGAUCAUGUUGGUGACGUAUAUAAUGUGGCAGAGGGCCGGCAUUUCGUGCUUCGUCGGCGUUGGAUUACUGUUGUUUAUCACUUUACCGAUUCAGGGGAGUUUCAGUUUUUUAAGUCGCAAUAUCAGAGCAGUAAUCGCGCCACUCACCGAUCGUAGGGUGCAACUGAUGAGCGAACUUAUAGCCGGGAUACAAGUGGUGAAGAUGUACGCCUGGGAGAAGCCGUUCAGUAAAAUCGUUUCAAUCACGAGAAAGUUGGAGAUCCACAAUAUCAAAUUUUCAGCGUAUGUACGCGCCGCGUACUUAGCAAUUAUGGUGUUCACUGAGAGAAUCACUCUUUAUAUUACCCUGAUAAUGUACGUUAUUUGGGGAAACCAUCUGAGCGCCGAUGUGACUUUUGUUUUGGCGAGUUAUUUCAAUAUUCUUCAGUUCAGCACUGCGCUGAUGUUCCCGCAAGCGCUAAUACAAAUGGGCGAGGCGAUGGUGUCCAUAAAUCGAUUGGAAGAAUUUCUCCUCAUGGACGAAGUGAAUAUGGAACGACUCGAAAUCACAUCACAACCACAAUCUGUGCCUAACAAAUCAUCUACAACAACCGCUACAGAAAAUAAAAAGCACGAUAGCGUCACUAGCAAUGGGACUUUCCAUCCUGCUCCUCAGGUAUCAUCAGAGUAUCCAGUCUAUAUAGAACUUCGGCAAGUCUCUGCCAACUGGAUCAAUGGCCAACUGCCGCCGACAUUAAACAACAUUUCCAUGACAAUCAAACCGGGUGAGCUGUGCGCUCUGGUGGGUGCUGUGGGCUCUGGCAAAUCAUCUUUGCUCCAUUUGCUUCUGAAGGAAUUGAAUUCUGGCGCGGGUAACAUAACAUUUACUCAAGACUUAUCGCAGAAAAGCGUCAAGAGCAAAUUGAACGUCGGUUACACAACAGAUAACCCGAAUCUACGUAUUUCCUACGCUAGUCAGGAAGCCUGGCUCUUCGACGGCACUGUGAGGGACAACAUCUUGUUUGACCAGCUUUACGAUAAAACAAGAUAUGCGCAGGUGACAAGCGUAUGCGCUUUGACGAAGGACUUUCGGCAGUUGCCGCAGGGUGACAUGACGAUAAUUGGAGACAGAGGUGUAUCUUUGUCCGGAGGUCAGAGAGCGCGAGUUAAUCUUGCGAGAGCGGUUUAUAGACAAGCGGACCUCUACUUGUUGGACGAUCCUUUAAGCGCAGUGGACACUCACGUAUCCAAACAUCUCUACAAAAAGUGUAUCACCGAAUAUCUAGCCGGCAAAACGAGAAUUCUCGUCACCCAUCAGCUGCAGUUUCUUAAACGAGCGGAUCACAUUAUCGUGUUGGAUCGAGGUUUCGUGAAGAUGCAAGGGAUCUACAACGAGCUGGUGGAAUCGAACAAGGAUUUUAUUAAUAUGAUGUAUAGCUUGAGUCACGAGGCGCAAAAGAAAGAGGAAGAAGUGAGGAGAAACUCGGAAAUGUCCAACAGGACGAUUUCGAUAAUGAGGCGUUCCUCGGGACUGUCGAUUAGAAGUUCUGCCGAGUACUCCGACAUCGACGACAUGAAUUACGAGGGGAACAGUCUGGACGGCGAGACAAUGGCGCGCGGUACCUUGUCCGGCAAGGUAUAUAAGGCGUAUAUGCGUCAUGGCAGCAACUAUUUCAUCUUGUUCUUGUUAUUGAUGUGCUUCAUCAUAAGCCAAAUCGCCACUACCGGCAACGACUACUGGGCCUCAUAUUGGACCAACUUGGAAGAAGAACGGUACAGCGAAAGUACAUCAGACGCCGGACGUGUAAACCAACAACAGUUCAGAAACCUACGCAACGACAGUUUCCUGAGUUUGAUCUUCACACUGAAUCCGGAUGGCCUACUCAGCUCCAACUCCGCCAUUUAUGUCUACACAUUCACUAUUCUUGCCUGCACCAUUACCACGUUGUCACGCAGCUUUCUCUUUAUGAAGAUUUGUAUGAACUCUAGUUGCAAUCUCCACAACACUAUGUUCACUAAUCUGGUGCAAGCUCGCAUGUCUUUCUUCAACGCCAAUCCUGCCGGAAGAAUCUUGAAUAGAUUCUCAAGAGACAUCGGCGUGAUGGAUGAAGUAUUACCUAAAAUGAUGUUGGAGACACUUCAGCUGAUUUUCGUAAUGGGCGGCAUAGUUCUUAUGGAGAUGAUAAUCAAUUACUGGAUGCUAAUACCGUUCGCGAUAAUAACUAUCUUAUUCGUGCUAGUGACGAAAAUAUAUCUUUCCACCGCUUACGAUAUGAAACGUCUCGAAGCCGUAACCAAAAGCCCGCUGUUCUCUCAAGUGAACUACACGUUCAAUGGUCUACCGACAAUUAGGAGCAGCGGUGCCAGCACUGAGCUGAUGAUGCAGAAACAGUUCGACUCGUUGCAAGAUUAUCACAUUGGCGCGUCGUAUCUUGUCCUGGCCGUCGCGUCGAUGUACGGUCUUCUACUGGACUUGAUCUCGUGCGUGUUCGUUGCUUGCAUUUGUUUCUCCUUCAUAAUGAUUAACAGACAUGGCACAGUACGCAGCGGCGACGUGGGUCUAGCGAUCUCGCAGUCGCUAAUCUUGACCGGUGGUUUGCAUUACUGCGUGAAAUGUAUCACCGACACAAUCUCGCUGAUGACAUCCGUGGAGAGAAUUCUUCAGUACACGGAUCUACCUAUAGAGAAAUCGACCGUCCCGAAGAAUCCUCCGCCGUCCACGUGGCCGGACAACGGAAGGCUCACCUUCAAGAACGUCAGCAUGAAAUACGACAAAGAUGAUUUGCCCGUCUUAAAGAAUUUGAACAUAUCCAUCGAGCCUGGCUGGAAGAUCGGCGUGGUAGGACGAACCGGUGCCGGCAAAUCGUCCCUGAUAUCCGCACUCUUCCGCCUAUUCAACGAAGGUCUGGAGGGUGAGAUCAAAAUUGAUGACAGGGACACGAGCAUGGUAGAAUUGUCGCAGCUACGCUCCAAGAUCUCCAUCAUCCCGCAGGAGCCGGUGCUCUUCUCCGAGAGUUUACGCUACAAUCUAGAUCCGUUUAAUCAGUACGAAGAUGUACUACUCUGGAAAGUGCUUCGACAAGUCGAAUUGAACGAUAUUGCGCUGGAUAAGAAUGUUCUUUACGGCGGUCACAAUUUCAGUGUAGGCCAAAGGCAACUCAUAUGUCUGGCCAGAGCUAUCCUGAGGAACAAUCGCUUGCUCGUCCUCGACGAGGCGACCGCUAACAUCGAUUCGCACACCGAUUCCCUAAUCCAGAAAACGAUAAGAAGCAUCUUCAAAGAAUGCACCGUUAUUACAAUAGCGCAUCGUUUGAACACUAUUAUAGAUAGUGACCGAAUUAUCGUCAUGGAUAAUGGUUCUAUAGUGGAAUUCGGUUGCCCAUACAAGUUGUUACACGACAAACCGGAUGGCUAUUUUUCGAAAAUGGUACAUAAUACGGGUAACCAAAUGGCCCAGAGCCUCCUUGAGCAGGCCGAGAAAGCUUGUCAGAAGAAUGACAAUCAUCGGGAUUUAGAUCUAUCAAGACGAAGUUCCAACGAGAAUGACGUCGCGAUCGACGAGAUUAUGGAACAAUCCCGUCUAUAGAUUUAUUUUUAUAAACGAUAUUCGUGAAAAUGCAAUGUCGAAAUGUUUUCUACGGAAAAUAUAUAUUCCUCAUCGAAAAUUUACAUAAAUAUAUAAGCACAGGGGAAUGUCAUGGGUAACAAUGUUCGACAAAAAUUAUGAAAAUCAUCAUGUAAAGAGAUUUCUGACAGUGACAAGAAAAAAAUGAUAAAUUAUGAAAAUAUAAAAUCAAAUGUGCGUGCACAUAUCAACGGCUACGUUGAGAAAACACAAGUAAUCAAUAAGUAAUCAGCGUGAUUAUUGGUCUUUACUGUUAAAUCCCUAAAUUUAGGCCAAUUAUGUUGGCGAAUUAUUCAACCGUUAUGUUUUCUGAAUGCAACUAAUCUCCCUAUAUGAAAUAUGUUUGUUUCCUACCUAGAUUUUAUUUAUUAUCUUAAAGUUUACACGAAUAUAGGCAUUGAUUGUAAUAUAAACGUCAUUAACUGUAAGUGAAGCAUUUUACUAUCGCUUGGAUUUUAAUAAUUAUGUUUAAAAAAUUACACGAUACACACACACACACAUACACAAAUAAACCAAAUGUCGUUUGAAUCGAU